GGCUGAAAGGAAAAUGUCAUUCCGUAAAGUGAACAUCAUCAUCCUAGUUCUUGCUGUCACUCUCUUUCUGCUAGUUUUGCAUCAUAACUUCCUUGGUCUGAGUGAUUUGUUGAAAAGGGAGGUCUCAGAUCCAAAUCUUGUGGGAUUUCAGCCACUAGCGUUUGUGCCUAAUGCCCCUAAAAGCUUGCUCUCUAGGAGUGAAGAGGAGAUUCCAGUAGUCAUUGCAGCUUCUGAAGACAGACUUGGGGGCACAAUUGCAGUGAUGAAUAGUAUUUACCAUCAUACUCACUCCAAUGUGGUUUUCUACAUUGUUACUUUGAAUGAUACUGCAGACCAUCUCAGAUCCUGGCUUAGCAGUGAUUCUCUAAAAAGCAUCCAGUACAAAAUUGUGGAUUUCAACCCUCAGUGCUUGGAAGGGAAAGUAAAAGUGGAUCCUAAACAGGGGGACUUCUUGAAGCCAUUAACUUUUGCAAGAUUCUACCUGCCUAACUUGGUUCCCAAUGCGAAAAAAGCAAUAUAUAUGGAUGAUGAUGUUAUAGUACAAGGUGAUAUUCUUGCCCUUUAUAAUACACCUUUGAAGCCUGGGCAUGCAGCUGCUUUUUCAGAAGACUGUGAUUCAACUUCUGCUAAAGUUAUUGUCCAUGGAGCAGGGAAUCAGUAUAAUUAUGUUGGAUUUCUGGACUAUAAGAAAAAAAGGAUUCGAAAUCUUGCCAUGAAAGCUAGCACCUGCUCUUUUAAUCCUGGGGUUUUUGUUGCAAAUUUAACAGAAUGGAAACAACAGAACAUUACUUACCAGCUGGAAAAGUGGAUGAAACUUAAUGUAGAAGAAGAAUUAUAUAGUAGGACGUUGGCUGGCAGCAUUACAACACCUCCUCUACUUAUAGUGUUUUAUAAACAGCAUUCAAAUAUUGAUCCCAUGUGGAAUGUUCGACACCUUGGUUCUAGUGCAGGAAAACGAUAUUCACCGCAGUUUGUGAAGGCUGCUAAACUCCUACAUUGGAAUGGACACUUCAAGCCAUGGGGAAGAACUGCUGCUUAUGCUAACAUUUGGGAAAAAUGGUAUAUUCCAGAUCCAACAGGAAAAUUCAGCCUAAUCCGAAGACAUGGAGACAUUGCAAAUGCAGUGUAAAGUAGAAUACAGACUACCAUUCUUUUCUCAGGAAACACUGACAGUCGGUAUUUAGUUGGGAAAAUGUCUUAUGUGUAAUGGUGAGAAUUUUCAUGGUGAAACACAGGAAAACCAACUUACAGCAGCUACCAUACCCAAUUAUUAUGAAGUUCUCCAACAUCAUCCCAACUAGAAUAUGAAAACACUUUAUAUCUGCCUUACUUGAGAAAAAGUAUUUUGCUAAUUAUAUUGCUACUACAGAGAGAAUUUUGACAAGCAGAAGUGAAUGAUGUGCCUUCCCCUUCUAGGACUGAUGAGCCAUCUUGCAGUUAAAUGCUGUUUUUUUGUUUUACUUCUAUAACCUGUGGCUUUGUUUGACACUUUACUUUGCAUGAAACCCACUUGAAGCAUGUUUACAUUCUAUUAACUUAGUUUAAAAUACACUACCAGUUAUGGUUUCUUUCAAAAAGUUACACCUCUUAUUUUUGCCUUAGUUAAAGUUCCCCAAUACUAUUUAAAGAUGGUUUUUCAUUUUGUUCCAAAAAUAAAAUUGAAAAAUAUGGUUGAUCUUCAAA